CGGCUCCGCCCCCGGCAGCGAUGGCGGCGCGGGGCUGGUCGCGGUUCGCGGUCCGGGUUGGGGCUCGGCAGUGUCGGGCGGCGGUGCCUCCGGUCCGCAGGGCCACUGGGGCCGCGCCGGGCGCCGCAGGGGCCCCCCCGCAGCGCAGGGAGCAGCGCCCGGGCAGCGGCACGGCAGGCUCUGGCCCCCAGCAGGUUUCUUCAGAAAAACCAGAAUCCUUUGCAUCCAUGUUGAGACGCUCUCCUUUAAUUCAGAUGGGGCCUGCCAAAGAUAAAAUUGCUAUUGGUCAAAUAUUCCAUAUUGUAGAAGAUGAUCUUUAUAUAGAUUUUGGUGGCAAGUUUCACUGUGUGUGCAAAAGACCAGAAGUUGAUGGAAAAAGCUGGAGUGGAUCUUUGAACACCAUCUGGACAGACUGUGGUAGUACUACAAGAAAAUAUCAGAGAGGAACUCGAGUACGCCUGAGACUGCUGGAUCUUGAACUCACGUCGAGGUUCUUGGGGGCAAAAACUGAUACCACGUUGCUGGAAGCUGAUGCAGUGCUUUUAGGGCUUGCAGAGAGCAAGCAAACAAAGCAAAAGGAGUAAAUCUACUGCAAAUAAAUGCACUUUGUGCUCUGUAGCAAAUUAUACAAAUGAAAUGUUUCCUCAGGAAGUAAAUGAAAAUUUUCUGUCCACUUAGUUAAGUAAAUAAUGAGAUCAAUAAAAGACAAUAAGCACAUUGUACCUGA